ACAGGAGCAUUUUGUAUGAGUUAAAGGCAGAUUACUCAAGUAUACGAUACUUAUAUAGUUUAUUAAUCUGUGUCUUUCAGUACUACAAUUGACUGGCUUUCCAGAAGUUUAAAAGCUCCACAAAGAUCUUGGAUCACUCUCUUGGACUGACUAAACAAGUCAGAAUACUGCAGGAAACUGUGGACCCUGAGCUGCACUUGGCAGCUCCAAAACAAUGGCAGAGUGCACGCAGGAUGCCAACCCCGCCAACGUGAUCCAAAAUCCAAAAGCUGACAUUAAGGAUUUGAGAGAAGUGUCAGCUGAUGCUGCAUCGGUGGUAGCGCUCAAAGUCAGACCUGCAGACCUGGGACUGAUUCGAAGUUUGUCCAAGUCGGACUCUGACUUGUUGGCGUCACCACUCGUAGAGGAGGAUGGCGGUCUGUCUGGCCGCAGUGGGUCCGUGUCUAACUGCAGCUCUGGGCGGCCGUCCACGGAGCACAUGCCUUCCUUUGCCUCUGAGUGGGAUGAGAUUGAGAAGAUCAUGAAUUUGAUUGGAGCAGGCAUUGAAACGUCCCAAAAGAAACAGCCCACAGCAAGUUCAGAUGGGGCCUGUGGUAAAGCCCUGGACCAGCCGGUCGGAGAGUGGCUGGAGCACGUGGGGCUGCCGCAGUACGAGAGCAAGUUCCUGCUCAAUGGCUUCGACGACCUACGAUUCAUGGGAAGUAACGUGAUGGAGGACCAGGAUCUCAGGGACAUUGGGAUCACUGACCCAGGACACAGAAAGAAAAUACUCCAUGCGGCACGCAGCUUGCCCAAGGUGAAAGCACUGGGCUGUGAUGGCAGCACAUCGCUGGUCUCCUGGCUGGACAGCCUCGGCCUGCAUGAAUAUCUGCCCAACUUUCUUUCAAGUGGCUACCGCACACUGGAAUGUGUAAAGAACCUGUGGGAGCUGGAGAUUGUCAAUGUGAUUAAAAUUGGCGCCCUGGGCCACAGGAAGAGGAUCAUUGCCUCUAUAGCAGAGAGACCCUACGAAGAGGCUCCGACCAAAUCCCGUCGUCUGUCCCCAAUUAUGUUCCAUGACCUCCUGUCCCAGACCACAUCCCCCCUCAGUCGCUCCAUGGAUAUGCUCCUGCCAUUGACUGAGCCGGACCGGAGGCGGAGGGGAGUUGACCAAGACUGUAGUGUUUCUCUGCGUUCAUAUAGUGAGAGGCCGCGUUCUGUAGACAGACAGAGUGAACGACACAAAGACUCUCGUUUAAACCUCCGCCCGCCGAACCAGUCUGCUACCUACGCCACGGUGUCCACCUGGCAUCACCAGCCUGAGAAGCUCAUCCUGGACUCCUGCGGGUACGAGGCAACAUACCUAGGAUCAAUGAUAAUCAGGGAUCUACGAGGGAUUGAGUCCACACAAGAUGCCUGUGCAAAAAUUAGGAAAUCAAAGGAUUCAAGAAAGGGUCCAGUUGUCAUACUGUCCAUUACCUAUAGAGGGGUCAAGUUCAUCGAUGCAGCCACAAAGACUAUAGUUGCGGAGCAUGAGAUCAGAAACAUCUCGUGCGCCGCCCAAGACCCAGAUGACCUCUUCACUUUUGCUUACAUUACCAAGGAUCUGAAGAGCGGCCAUCACUUCUGUCAUGUCUUCAGCUGUAUGGAAGUGACACAGACCUACGAGAUCAUCCUAACACUGGGACAGGCGUUUGAAGUGGCCUAUCAGAUGGCAAUGCAGUCCAGGGCAAGACACUAUGUCCCACCUACAUCUCUGACCUCAGAGGUCAUAGAGACCAAAACCAGCCGCCCUGUAUCUCAGUCGUGGAGCAGCAUGCGGAGAUCAGCACUCACCCCAGCGUUCAAGUUUCCGGAUACCAAGCUGUGAGUUGAAGGGGAGCAGCCGAUGUGAGUGUGUGUGUGUGUGUUGAGUUAGUGGGCAGAGCAGUGGAAAAGAGGUAGAGAGAGAAAAUGAGAGGUAAGCCUUAUGCAACGUGCAGGGCCAACCAGCUACUCGGACAUUUAGAUCUCACUCUGUAUAUCCCCUACUCCUCCACUGCCCCGGAUAUGAAUCCCAACACACAGACCAAAGGUAACCUGUUGUCCCACAUCACUGGCUAAACAGGACCUGUGUAUCACUCCUGUCUUGAGAAAGAGGUCAGUCAGAAAGGGUCAAGUCUAUUCCCUGGCCUCCAUGUGACUUUCUGAUCUUGUCAUGUAGGUACUGUAAUGUUUAGAGCACUGUAGACCAUUAAUGAUAGACCAUUAAUGAGCAUUUCUAUUGAUUCAGGUCUAUUGGAGAUAGUAACUGUGGGAGUUAUUAAGGGUAAACAAAAAUGUAACAAAGUGUAGAGAAAAAAAAA